ACAACCAAACAAGACCUCUUAAACCCUAACCCUAGGUCAAAAGCUUUUACUAUAAAGCGAGCUCAUCACGCGAUCGCAGCUCUUUUUGUUUAGGCUUUGUUUGGAACAGCAGCAGCAGGAGGUAGGACAGAGAGCUGUCUCACCCCGUCGUUAACAAUGGUGAACGUUCCCAAGACAAAGAAGACUUAUUGCAAGAACAAGGAGUGCAAAAAGCACACUUUGCACAAGGUUACACAGUACAAGAAGGGGAAGGAUAGCCUAGCUGCUCAAGGAAAGCGCCGUUAUGAUCGCAAACAGUCAGGUUAUGGAGGUCAGACCAAGCCUGUAUUCCACAAGAAGGCUAAAACGACCAAGAAGAUUGUCUUGAGGUUGCAAUGCCAGAGUUGCAAGCACGUGUCCCAGCACCCCAUCAAGAGGUGCAAGCACUUUGAGAUUGGUGGAGAUAAGAAGGGCAAGGGGACAUCACUGUUUUAGAUGCAGCCCUCCUUUUGUCUUCAUGCUUCUUUACAUUACCUUGCAUGUUACAACUCGAAACAAUGGAUGAAUGAUUUGUUUAGCUUGGUUUGUUCAAGUUUUGGUGACCAUUUAUCCUAUCGGUUAUAUUUUUAGCA